UCUGUCCAGUGCUCGUACGUUCCUCCAUGUGAGAGGGACAACCAGAAGAACAAGGACAACGUUCUGUGGUGGGAGGACUACUGGACUAAAGAGGUCAGCUCCCAAUCCUUCACCUGUUUCUUCAACCAGCAGAGAAGGCCUGACGACGUACUGUGGCGGCGCUCCCACGACGCCAGCGUCCUCCUCCACUGCGUCCUGUGGCCCAUGGUGAGCCUGCUGGUGGGUACCCUCAUCGUCCUUCUCACCGUGUGCGCCCGCAGCCUGGCCGUGCGCGCCGAAGCCAUCCAAAAGAGGAAGUGCUCGUACGAGCCGGCAGGCAACUCAGAGCAGAGCAAGAUGCCGCCCAACACCAACACCGCCUCCUUCCGGACCCUGCCGAUGUUCGCUGUCCCUGUCCGACGCAGAGACCGGGAACAGGAACACUAGAUGGAUGGAUGGAUGGAUUGAUAGAUUGAUAGAUUGAUGAUGACUGUGGUCUCAGUGGUGGCUGUUGUGUGAUGAGGACCUCAUAGAAGCGGGGAAUGUUUGAACUUCCAAUUAUGACUGUUCUGAACACUCUCAUUCCGCUGGACUGGACUCGAGGCUCAUGCACCAGAAAUGCUUGUCUGUCUUGUCUUGGUGUGUUUGUCUACUUGUGUAAGAGCCAUUUUGUCAGUUCAACUCUCAGCUGGUGAGGACCUUUUCUAAUGCUAUGUGUAUUACAAUGUGUUGGUUAUGUCUAUGAAUAAGCAAAAAUCCAAAAAGGACAAUGCCGCUUUCUGUCACUGGUCAUGUUUUGGACAGGUCUGUGUUACGUGUUGAACCUCUGUGUCUCUGUGCUGAUUGUAAUGUGGUUCGCGUUUACUUCACUAGCCGAGCUCGGUCUCAAAGUUCAGAGUUCACUGACCUACAAACAGGAAAUGUCUGUUAUCUUUGAACACUCUUUAACUAGACUCUUCAUUGCAAACCCCUGGUCGUAUGAAAGGAGGGAUCGUGAGGGCGUCCCGGGCCAGGACCACCUGAGAAGAAUCUUCAACACAAAGUUACACAAAAUGUCAGUACUUUGUUCAGAGAGAAUGCGGUGAAAGGAAUUCUGGGAGAGUCCUUCUAAUCUCUGGGACGACAGAGCCAGAAGCAGACCUUGGUCUGAUCACCCCCAGCAUGAUGUACUGUCUUCUUCUCUAGGUGGUAUUAGGAAGUGUUUAAAUGCCUAUGUCACUGUUACUGUUCUUUAACACCCCGGGCCACGAUUUAAACAAAUCGCAACAAUGUGUUUAUUACUUUUAA